AUGGAUAAUCUACUCUGCGACGAGUCAUGGCUCUCGGAUCCUAUGACUCCGGAGCCUGUGCCAAACUUCCGCUGCAAUAACAUUUACGGCGAUGACGUGACAAUGUCUCCGGCCAUGGACGAAGCGACGGUGGAGGAAGCCAUUUCAUUGGAUUUAGAGAAAGAAUCACGUUUUAGUACUUUCGGAAACAAGUUUGUCGAGUUUCUCGUUUCGAAGAAGUUAACCGAUGCUAGGUUUCAAGCGGUUCAAUGGCUAAUCCAGACUCGGAGUCGGCUGGAACUUUCAUUUGAAACUAUAUUUUCCGCCGCAAAUUGUUUUGAUCGGUUCGUCUACGAGACUAACUGCAAAGAAUGGACGAAUUGGAUGGUGGAGAUAGUCGCACUGACCUCAUUAUCAAUCGCAUCGAAAUUCAACGAAGUUACUUCUCCUUCACUUCAAGAACUUCAGAUGGAAGGUCUGACUCAUCUGUUUCACCAAAAGACUGUUCUUGAGAUGGAACUCAUAAUCCUGAAAGUUCUUGAAUGGCGUGUUAACUCGGUCACGAGUUACUCUUUUUCGGAAGCCCUUGUGUCUAAAAUCGGGCUGCAAGGAGAUUAUCUGAUGAUGAGUCAAAUCACAGAUCAUCUCCUAGAUGAUUUAUGCGAUUUGAAGAUGCUUGAAUAUGCACCAAGUGUUGUGGCGGUUGCGGCUGUGUGGAAAGUUCUAGAAGAGAAAGCAGCUUUAGGUGACAACUUUGGAAAGAUCAUGAAUCUCUUUGGUCAUAAGCAUAAGCAGGAAAUUAUGAAAUGUGUUAACGUGUCGAAAACUCGAAACGUUGCAAAUGGACGGAGAAGAAAAGCUGGUGAAGGGAAGAGUUUUGUGGAUAUGUUGCAGAGACGUGAAGUGAAGAUGAGGAAUCAUGAAGACUAUUACGUUGGAGAUCUUGCUGCCAUUUUUCAAAUUAUAAGAGCCACCGAUAGGAAGAGAGAAAGAGAUAACUACGAAGACGAAAUUCGUCAGGCCAAAAGAAUGACAUUUGUUAUGUCAAUUUAA